AUGCCUGUGCCGUUCGAGGCGGUGAUUCCAAUGGCCAUUGUCGGCGUCCUCUUCGCUGUGACGGGCACGGGGUACAGCGCCGUGUCGCGUCUCGCGAACGAGGGCAAGCCUCUGCGCCACAACCUCGACGAAUGGGAACGCAUGAUGAUGCGCCGUGAUCUGCGUUUAACGGGGACAAAACGAGGGCAAUCGCGGGAGCCCGUGGCCCCUGAAGCCUUUGCCACGAAUAGUGGCUGGACCGCCGAGCGGAUCUAG